AAAUGGUCCAAACUGUUUUGAAUGGCGUAUUUGCAUACCAAACAAGAGAAAGUGAAGAAAUUCAGGCAGAAUAUUAUGUGGAAAACAUAAUUAUGUGGGAUGUGCUUAAAGAACUGGAUGAAAACUUACAUUUUGUGGUAGACACAAAGAACAACGUGUGCAUGUUUGAUUACGUAACAAAAGACGAAAAGAGAAAUAUUAAGGGAAAGUGCUAUCUGGUGUACAAAACAGGUGCUAAUUACAACUUUUACAGCCUGAUAGAGACCAAGGAUGAUUACGGAACGUUUAUGCUGAUCAACAAAAGAAAGUACCAGCUGAUUGAGGUCAGCAACAAUCAGGAAAUACGAGUUAUAGAGAACUGCGAAAGUUUCGAGACACAAUUUACAGAAAGUUGUCAAGUGUCGCAGAGCGACAACACCUUGUCAAAUAUUUCAAUCUUUUCGCGAAAUUCUGAAUUGAUCUGUAAUUCCGUAGUAUACAACGAAAAUAACCUGAGCUACUACCAUAGCCAAAUACUCCGAUAUAAAAAUUACGAUCUUAAAUGGAAAAUUUGCAAAGAUGAAUCGCUGGAAACAAUUAUUCAAAAAUAUGUAAAUACGUUCAAGUUUAACAAUCAUACUCGAAUAAACCAUUUUUUAAUGACGACAAAGAACGAGGAAAGGCAUUAUUGUAGUGUUUUAUCGAACAGAAGCGGUCUUAUCGUGGUUGUGAGUAUGGCAGAGUAUUAUCUAAACGGUGAUUAUAUGAGUGUCAUAUUGUACAACAAGUUUAACCAAGGUAAAACAUAUGUGUGCGAGCGACUGCUCGAUACAAAGCUGUUGCAACCAUGUAAUAUUGCCAUGAAAGUAUCAACCUGUUCGUUUUCAUUAUCAACUGAAUCCUUUCUACCAAAAAUUGACCUAAACUACAACUUCGUACUAAAAAUACUAUCGUGUUUUCUGAACGAAAGACAAAUGCUUUUCUAUUCAAGUAACAAAGAGAAAGUGUAUAAGACAAUAGUGUUCUUUAUUAAGAUCAUAAAACCGUUCAACUACAAGUUUUUCAUAUCUUCAAGACUGCCAAAUGAAUUCCAGGAUAUUCUGAACUCACCGUUUCCGUUUGUACUAGGUGCUGACGAGAGAACAAACAUGGCUAUUGUUCAUGUAGAUCUUGAUAAUUACGAGAUGUUUAACUUCACCGGAGACGUCUUGCCAUUUGAAAAAGAGCUCAGAAAAAAGUUUCGAAUAGGUGCGCGCGAGAGCAUGAGUAUGAAUUACCUGUCUAUAUUCAGGCAUUACUUUACAAUAAUACAUAAUAACUUGGAUAUUGCACGCGAAACGUUAAUUAACAAGAAUCUAAAGGAUUCUCAUGGAAUAAGGAAUUUGAUUCACAAGCCCGAGACGAUCAAAACAGAGAUUAAAUACUUAAACGAUACCUUUACCGAAAGCUUUAUGGAGACAAGGAUUUUUAAAGACUAUAUCAGCGGUCGAAAGGAUAAUUUGAUGCUAUAUUAUACAAUACGUAGUCUAUGUGAUGAAGAAAACACUGAUAAUACGGCCUCGAACAGUUUCUUUUCGCGAUCAAAAUACAUCUUAAACAAUUGUGUUCUGAUAAGCGGGCGAGACCCGUUUAUCUACAAGAUAUUUCUUAUGUUCUGCGAAAAAGAGCCAAAAAACAUCAUAUAUAAUCUUUUGAUACAUCCCCAGAUACUCGAGGGUAUCGCUCCCGAUAUACUGGAACUGUAUAGUUCAAACAAAAAUUACAAUGAGAUUUGCUGGUUCAUCGAAUUGCUCAAGAGCAAGCACAUCGAAAUCACACCAGAGAUGUUUAAUUGUAUUAAUUACAGCGAGAAUUGUGACAAAAGAGCCGACGACAUGGUAGAGCUGCAGGACUAUAAGAUUUACGUCUUUGAAACGUGCAAAUGCCAUGAAAUUUCACAAAAUGUCAGAGAAUACCUGCAGGCGUGUUUAACGACCGCAGAUAAAACAAUAACUGAGGAUCGAGAUGUUGAUAUGGACCUUCAUUCUAAUAAAUGCCAGUACGAUGAAAACAAUCUGGCAUCAAACGUAGCAGGUGAGCAGUACAAUACGACAUAUACGUAUGGAAAUAAUCCAAUAAGGAGAAAUAAACGUGUUUGCAGAUGCAAAACCAACUUUAAUGGCAUUAUAGUGAAGAAAAAAAAUAAUUUAGUCGGCAUUUAUGAGAUAUUUUCGCCAAAGGAUCUAUUCGUGUUUAUAAAACGGAAUCAACCGGUUAGCUUAUUAGAGCUGGAACAGAAUAUUUUUUGGAAUGUUAUAACUUAUUUCCUGAUUUAUGAUUUGCCAAUAAAUUUUAAGAACACCAGCAACGAAGAAUGUGAACUAAUAAUUGAGGAGAACAAUGAAAAAAGAUGUUUUAAUUUACUGAAAUUGCCACAAAUAAAGUUUAUUAAUUAA